AUGGUUAGAAAAAGCAAUAAAAAAACUUCAAAAAAGAAGAAUUCAAAGAGCAGUGGCAAUGAUAAGAUAAAGAAGUUAGAAGAUAUAAGAAGAAUAGCUGCAGCUAAUGCCAAGAUUUGGGAGACUAGAGUUGAGAUUGCAGAAAAGGUUAAAGAUAAGAUUCAGGAACGUGCGAAACAGCUAGCGGAUGAUAAUGCACGACUUAAUGAUGCUCUUCGUCAGUCAGAAAAGGAAUCAAUGAACGUGUUUUCUUACUUGAAAAAGCAGAAUGAAGAUAAAGACAAUGAACUGAAAGAACUUAGAGAUAAAAUCGAAUGCAUGUCCGUGUCACACGAAAAGGAUAAGGAGUUAAUUAUUAGAGAUGCAGAGCAGCAAAUAUCAUGCAUAAGUAAUGAAAACGACAAGAAAUGCGAUAAAAUUAAGGAGCUUGAGCGGGAAAUACUGCUGCUGGAUGAAUACAAAAAUGAAAGAAUGCGAACUGACUAUGAAAUAAAACAGUUACACGAUGAAGUUCAAAGUCAAAAGCGCCUAAUUGAGCACAUGGAGAUAAAGUUCUUCGAAGAGAAGAAAGAUGAAGAAAUUGAACUUUAUCAAAAUGAAAUUGAACAAUUAACUGAAGAUUUAAAUAAACAAAAAGCCUUAUUCAAUGAACAAAAAAUGAUGGCAGUGCGAAAUUCCGAAGCAUCAGUAGAAAAAUUAACUAGAACGUUAGAAUUGGAACGUAAACGUACGAUGCGUAUUACUGGUUUAGCUAAUAGAAUUUUAAAACAAAGAAGUGAAAUUGAAGAGUUUUUUAUUACAUCUUUAAAUUAUGUUCGUGACGAGAUCAAAGUUAGUCAAAAUAAUUAUAUUCAUGAUGCAAAAUCUGCUUAUGAAGCUAGUAUUCGUUUAGCGCAUUGUGGUCGUACAAAUUAUCCGCCAAUUAGAACAUUUCAAAAUAAAACAACCAGUACAAAUAAUGUUUAUGAUGAUUUUAAAAUUGCACAACAAAUUCCAAAAUCAACUCGUUUAACAAUUCGUGAUUUAACAUGGGAACAAAAAGAACGUGUACUAUCGAUAUUAUUCGAGAAAAUGAAUCAUUCAAAAAUGAAAUCUAACCACAAUAAUAAUAAUAAAUCUUAUUAUAAUCAAGAACAAACCGAUGAAUUUCAUGAGACAACUGAUUCCAACAAAUCAGCUACAGAUAAUGACAAUGAAAAUGUUCAUAAAUAUGAUGAUGAUGAUGAUAAAAGUGGUGGAGAAGAACAAGACAAAAAACGCGGCCGAACGAUAACUCAUAACAAUUCAAUGAUCAAUAAUAAUAAUUCGAAACAAUUAACAAGGAAACUUUAUCAAAAAUUAAUGAAACAACCAAAUGGUCAUCCUCAUCAUAAAUCAGGUGAGAAUUAUUCAACGAAUCAACAGUUUGAUGUCAAGGUCACUGAUGAUGAUGCUGCUGCUGCUGAUGACGAUGAUGAUGAUGAAGCGAUACAAAAGUGUAUUAAUGACUCUACAUCGGAUUUUCAUCGAUUCAAUCAAACUACAACACCAACAACAUGUCCAUCACCUCAAUGA